AUGUCAAGGGAUACCACCCCUGGCCACCAAGCAAGCGCAGGAUCCUCACUAACGCCGAAUCCCAACAAUUACAACUCCCCUACCAUAGCACAAAUCUCCCGGCCCUUUUUCACCAGUCGAGAAAUAUCAUACCUUCAUGGACAAACCAUCCCUACUUUGCUAAAACUCCAGUAUGGAUCUACCAAAUCGCAAAUAUACACGUUUCUAAGCCAGGCGGUGAAACUGCUAAAGUUCCCACUAAGAGUGCUUGCCACAGCCAUGAACUAUUACCAGAGAUAUUACCUAUUCAACAAGUUUGACGUCUCUGGCGUCACCGCUUCCACCACGCUGCUGCCGAACCAAUUCGAAGGCGAUCCGUGGAUCAUUGCAAUCACUUGCUUGUUCUUGAGCAGCAAAGUCGAAGACUGUGUCAAGAAACUAAAAGAUAUCCAACAGGUUUGCAACAAAAUAAGAGACAUUGACGAUUCUCAACUCGUGAGCUCGGGUGGGCCCUAUCUCGAUUAUCAACGCAAGUACAUCUUGCAAUUGGAAUUUAAGUUGCUCCAGAUUUGUAAAUUCGACUUCAACAAUGGAAACAACCCCGGGUUCAGCACUAGUGUUGAUGACAUUAUGAUUCAGUUCUGCAAGCAACUAGACGUCAGCUACAAAGUGUCAUUUUUGAGCUGGUUGAUGGUUUAUGACAUUAUUCAGACCCCGUUGAGUUUGAAUGUGCCCCCACAUUGCGUCGCCUUGGCCAUCAUCAUCAUCAGUCUCAAUUUGAACCCAAGCGAUAUGAUUCUCAAACAACAUGCAACCGAUCUUGCCGAUGAAGCUAGCGAAAAUGAAAAAAUGUCCUCCAUUUUGAGCAGCAUUGACAGUGCCGACUUCAACUGCCCCACGCUUCUCGUUAAUGAGGCCAUCGUAUACAUUUUGGACUACUACACCCACCAAUACGAGUACAGCGUGUUGACUAGGUACUUGCCCGAGAUUGACACGGAGACGGGCAAGAGCCAGACUUUUAAAUUCAUGGAGUUAAAGUCCAGGUUCAACGACGUCGAGCCCAUGAAUGACGAAAGCUGUUUCAACGAGCUUAACCUGGCUGACGAAUAUCUCGAACUUUGGGACCACAAUACCCCCAUCAAGGGAUCAGCUAGAUUUAUGUUGAGUAGCAAAAGAAGGCGAUUCAAUGAGGAGAAUAUGCACGUUAGAAAGCAGCAGCAGCAGCAGCAGCAACAGCAACAAUCCAAGGCCAACUAG